AUGAGGAACGCUCUCAGCCAAUCCUGGACGUCCAGAUGUAGCCCCGCCCCUCACCGCCCCCCUUUCACUUCCAUUGGAUGGCGGCCCGGCGCCCGACGCGCUCACCAUUGGUUCCAGUCGCGGUCAAUCUGGACAGUUCACAUGCGGCCCCGCCCUCCUUUCACUUCCAUUGGCUGGCCUGCUGGCCGCACGCGACGCGUUCGCCAUUGGUCGGGUUCGCUGUCGGUCAGGGACGUCUCGCCGCAGUCCCGGCCUCCGCUCACUCCCAUUGGCUGGCUGACUGGCCGGCUGGCUGACUGGCCGCGCCCGACGCGUUCGCCAUUGGCCGGGGUCGCUGUUGGUCAGGGGCGUCCCGCUGCAGCCCCGGCCUUCGCUCACUCCCAUUGGCUGGCUGGCUGGCUGACUGGCCGCGCCCGACGCGUUCGCCAUUGGCCGGGGUCGCUGUCGGUCAGGGACGUCUCGCUGCAGCCCCGGCCUCCGCUCACUUCCAUUGGCUGGCAGGCCAGCCGGCCCCGCUCGCCAUUGGUUCGUGUCACUGUCAAUCUGGACUCUCCACAUGCGGCCACGCCCUCCUUUCACUUCCAUUGGCUGGUCUGCCGGCCGCAAGCGACGCGCUCGCCAUUGGCUGGGGUCGCUGUCGGUCAGGGGCGUCCCGCUGCAGCCCCGGCCUUCGCUCACUCCCAUUGGCGGGCCGGCGGGCGCUCCUGGCCGGCUCGCUAUAGGUCCGAGUCUCUGUCGGUCAGGGACGUCCUGCUGCAACCCCGGUCUCCCCUCACUCUCAUUGGCUUACAGGUCGGCCGGCCGCGCUCGCCAUUGGUUUCGCUCACUGUCAAUCUGGACUGUCCCCCAUGCGGCCCGCCCUCCUUUGACUUCCAUUGGCUGGCCUGCCGACCGCGCCCCACGCGCUCACCAUUGGCCGGGGUCGCUGUCGGUCAGGGACGUCCCGCCGCAGCUACGGCCUCCGCUCACUGCCAUUGGCUGGCUGACCGGCCGCGCUCGCCAUUGGUUGGAGUCGCCGUCGCGAGGUGGGGCGUGCGCGGUCGCGGUCGCCGUCGCCCUGCCGCGUCAGGGCGCACGCGCGGACGCCAUCUUGCCUCGGAAGGCGGCUCCGAGCUGAUGGCUCUGAAACCCGUUUCGCCGCAGCCCCAAACGCACCGGAUUUUGAACAUGGAAGAUAAGAACAGUGUUCACAUCAGGGAAAAACCGUACGCAUGUUCUGUGUGUGAACGAAGUUUUACCCAGUCAUCUGGCCUAUCGAGACACAAAUGCAGUUCGAAAAGAGAGAAGCCAUGGAAAUGUGUGGACUGUGGGAAGGGAUUCAUUUCACCGUCAGUGCUAGAAAUCCAUCGGCGUGGUCACACAGGGGAGCGACCAUUCAUCUGUUCCACGUGUGGGAAGGGCUUUACUCAGUCAGCCAAUCUGCUGGAGCACCAGCGGGUUCAUACUGGGUCGAGACCAUUCACCUGUCCUGAGUGUGGGAAGAGAUUCACUCAGUCAUCCAACUUGCUGACUCACCAGCGAUCUCACACUGGGAAAAGGCCGUUUACCUGCCCCGAGUGUGAGAAGGGAUUCACUCAGCAUUCACAUCUGCUGAGGCAUCAGCGGGUUCACACCGGCGAGAGACCCUUUAAGUGCUUGGACUGUGGGAAGUGCUAUAAAAGUUCUGGGGAGCUCAUGUCCCAUCAACGUAUUCACACUGAUGAGAAACCAUUCAGGUGCUCUCAGUGCAGCAUCGGGUUCAAGCACUCCUCUGAUCUCACUGUCCACCGGCGCUGUCACACCGGAGAGAGGCCUUUCACUUGUUCAGAGUGCGGGAAGGGUUUCACUCAGUCGUCGACCCUGUUCAAUCACCAGCGCAUUCACACCGGGGAGAGACCGUUCCCCUGCUCCAAGUGUGGGAAGAGAUUCACUCGGCCGUCUCACCUGCUAAGUCACCAGCGGGUUCACAUUAGCGAGAGGCCGUUCACCUGCUCCGUGUGUGGAAAGGGAUUCACUCAGUCCUCCAACCUACUGAGGCAUCAACGAGCUCACAAGUUAGGUGAGUGGGCAAAUCACUGGCUGAUGCGGGAUAAUUUGGAUAAAUGUGAGGUGAUUUGCUUGGGAAGCAAGGACGAGGAGGCAGAUUACUACCUGGACGGCUGUAAGCUGGGAGAGGGGAGAGUACAGCGACACCUGGAUGUCCGUGUGCACCAGUCACUGAAGGUCAACAGCGUUGCCACGCAGACACCAACAGAGACAACCCAUGCCAAUGUGAUGAUGACCCAACGCCAAAGCCAGGGGCAGGAAUGCAUUCACAAGUCCUGCACUGCGCAUGCGUAUGGCACCCCACCCCAGGCGCAUGCGCAUUGCCGGCGGCGACCCGGGCUCGGCCGGAAACGUCGGCGGUGGGCUCCCGUCGCGGAGGAGAGUAGUCGGGGCCGCGGUGAGUGCGUGCGGAGCUCGCUAGGAUUCCCCCGGUCAUCUCACCUGCUGAGGCACCAGCGGCUCCACACGGGGGAGAGACCGUUCGCCUGCCAAGGCUGUGGGAAGUCCUUCAAAUGUUCCAGGGAGCUGAUAUCUCAUCAGAUUCUCCACACGGACGAGAGACCGUUCAGGUGCUCCGACUGCGAGACGGGGUUCAGGCGAUCCUCCGACCUCACCAAGCACCAGCGGCUUCACACCGGGGAGAAGCCGUUCACCUGCUCCGAGUGCGGCAAGGGGUUCACCCAGUCCUCCGCCCUGCUGCAACACCAGCGGGGCAUGCCGGUGAUGCGGAACACCCUCAAAACGCAACGGCAACAAAUUCAGGGCAAAGAAAUGGAACCAUGGCGGAUGGUUAGCCCAGAAUUCCGCGCGGUGAGGAAUAUCCCCUAUGCGCAGACGACAAGAGCGACAGGAAGCAUUUGCAAUUGCAAAACUGCCAACAAGCAUCUGACCGGAUUGGAUUUUGGCUGUUGGAAUUUGAGCAUGGGAAGUGAGAGCGCCGUCGGAAGUGGCGAGAACGCUUACACGUGUGCUGUGUGCGGACGAAGCUUCAGCCGACCGUCUGGUCUGUCGAGACACAACUGCAGUUGCACUGGGGGGAAACCGUGGAGGUGUGGCGUUUGUGGGAAGGCUUUCAGCUCCCCAUCAAAGGUGGAAACCCAUCGGCGCAUUCACACCGGAGAGAGACCAUUUAGCUGCUCCGAAUGUGGGAAGGGCUUUGCCCAGUUGUCCCACCUGCUCUCCCACCAGCGAGUCCACACCGUGGACAGACCGUUCUCCUGCUCGGAGUGUGGCAAGGGAUUCACUGAGCCCUCCCACCUGCUAAUACACCGCCGCGUUCACACCGGGGAGAGACCUUUCAAGUGCCCAGACUGCGGGAGCUGCUACAAAAGUUCGGGGGAGCUGCUGUCCCAUCAGCGUGUGCACACGGACGAGAGGCCGUUCCGGUGCUCUCGCUGCGGGGCUGGCUUCAAGCGAUCGUCUCAACUCACUGUCCACCGGCGAGUCCACACCGGGGAGAGGCCGUACACCUGCUCCGAGUGCGGGAAGGGAUUCACUCAGUCCUCCACUCUGCUCAGACACCGCCGAGUCCACGAUGCAGAGGGAGCGUUCACCUGCUCCUCCUGCGGCAAGCGAUUUACUCAGCCAUCCAACUUGCGGAGACACCAGCGGGUUCACACCGGCGAGAGGCCUUUUCAAUGUCCUGACUGUGGGAAGUGUUCUCGAAGUCCCUGGGAACUGAUGUCCCACCAGCGGAUUCACACCAACGAGAGACCGUUCAGGUGCGGUCACUGCGGCACCGGGUUCAGGCAGUCAUCCGAGCUCACUGUUCACCAGCGACUUCACACCGGGGACAAACCUUUCAAAUGCCCCGAAUGUGGGAAGUGCUUUAAGUGUUCCAAGGAGCUGAAGUCCCAUCAGCGCGUCCACACGGACGAGAGACCGUUCAGGUGCUCCGACUGCGGGACUGGCUUCAGACGAUCCUCCGACCUCACGAAACACAAGCGCACUCACACCGGGGAGAGACCGUUCAUCUGCUCCGAGUGUAAGAAGGGAUUCAGCCAGUCUUCCACCCUGCUGAAACACCAGAGAGUGCACAAGUGACGGCUGGGAUUGGAUUCUGUUGUUGACUCGGACACCCGAGGGGUUUAGAACUGAUGCUGUGCUGUGGUGGGUCGGUUGUCUAUCGUUUCACACAUUGUGCUGAGGUGCAGCCAACGAUAUGGAGGGAAGUGACAGUGGGAAGGAUGGAGGCUGUGGCCAAAUGGUUUGGAGUUCCUCGCACUCAGGGAUGAUCCAGAGGACUGAAGCAUUGAAAAUCUUACGUGCAAAACUGUUCAAAAUGUAAACUAAAUUAUAUUAUGUGCAGUUGUGUUUUGGUCUCUCAGUAUGAGAGGACUUAAUGACUGAACAGCCAGAUUUUCCCGAGUUGUGAUUUUUCUUUAAAACCAGAUGAGAGACAGCGUUGUGAGAAUUCUACAGGCA